AUGGGUGUACGAUCGGAGAUAGGCCCAAGCUGGAUCUCUAAUAUUGUUGCCGAACAGAAACUGCAAUUCACAAACGCAUUGUGGGACGAGAAUGCGCGCCUCAAUACGGUAUCUCCUGCUGGUCAAAUGGAGGCAGCAGACGAUGAUAUCCUUCCCGCAGUUCCAGAAUUGAAUAUGCCUCCGAGGCAUAUCAAAAAGGGAGAUAUCGUGAGCUACCAAGAUUAUGUGAUUUCUCGAAUGUCCCAGGUAUGGGGCGAGGAUGCCGCUGUCUUCAACCCAUCCAGAUGGUUUAGAGAGAAUGGGGAAAGUAUAUCGUAUAGUCCUUUCAGUAAGUGA